GAACUUAGUUUCAAAAUAAUAAAUGACAGAGUAGCUAGAGAACCUGAGAAAUUUUAAUCACUACAAAUUUGAUCAAAAUGUUAAGGUUACUUUGGCUGAGUAUAUUUGGAUAGAUGGAACUGGAUUAAGAUUAAGAUCAAAAACUAAGGUAUACACAAAAGAUUAUUGAUUAAGGUCUUUCAUCAAGAGAUCAAGCAACUUUCUGAUCUUGAAUGGUGGACAUAUGAUGGCUCUUCAACAGAACAAGCCAACACAAAAUGGUCUGAGAUUUAUCUAAAACCAGUUGUUUAUGUUAGAGAUCCUUUUAGAGGUGCUCCACAUAUUUUAGUAUUAUGUGAAACUUAUCUUCCUGAUAAAAAGACUCCAGCAAGAUAUAAUUUUAGGUAUGUGAUUAUUAAACAUAUUUAGAUGGUUAGCAUAAGAAAUUAUGGAAAAAGCAAAAGAAUUUAAACCUUGGUUUGGGAUUGAAUAAGAAUAUUAUCUUUUAAAGAGGACAGGUACAACCCAUACUUGGCCUCUUGGAUGGCCAACUGGAGGUUUUCCACAUCCAUAAGGAAGAUAUUAUUGUUCAAUUGGAGAAAGAAAUAAUUUUGGUCGUGCUUUAGCCGAAGCACAUCAAAGAGCUUGUUUAAAUGCUGGUUUGAAGAUAGCUGGAAUAAAUGCUGAAGCUGCACCAUCUUAAUAUGAAUUUUAGAUAGGAAUAGCAGAAGGCAUAGAAGCAGGAGAUCAUUUAUGGUUGUCAAGAUAUAUUCUAGAGAGAAUUGGAGAAGAAUUUGGAAUUGAUAUUAAUUAUGAUCCAAAACCAAUUAAAGGAAAUUGGAGUGGAUCUGGAGCUCAUUUCAAUUAUUCAGAUUUUAAAACCAGAGACUAAGGAGGAUAUGAAUAUAUUCUGAAAACACUAAUUCCAGAACUUGAAAAACAUCAUGAGUAGUCGUUAUUUCUUUAUGGUGCAAACAAUCAAGAUAGAUUAACAGGUGCUCAUGAAACAAGUGAAUAUGGAAAAUUUACUUGGGGAGAUGGUUCUAGAGGAGGUUCAGUCAGAAUUCCUGUCAUUACCAAAGAAUUAGGUUAAGGGUAUACUUAAUUUUUAAAUAUUUAGAUAUUUUGAAGACCGAAGACCUGCUGCUAAUAUUGACCCUUAUUUAGUAGGAUCAGUUCUUGUUGAUAUAGCUUUGCUUCAAGGAACAUAUUUAGACAGAUUAAAGCAAGAGCUAUACAAAUCAUCUUAACCAUUAUGA